CUGUGGUUCAUAUCAAUCCAACCCAAAAGAAAAAAACAGAGAGCAGUCGUCUCUCUCUUAAUGGGAUUCCAAUGUUUAAUUCUCCUCUCCGCCUCCUCCUCUUGAUCCUCCUCCGAUCACCAAUCACCGGUCUUCACAUCCUCCUCGUCUUUCUCCACUCUCUCUUAUAAAACUUAAUCAUUAAUUAAUUAAAUAAAAAAUCUCUCUCUCUCUCUCUCUCAAAAAUGGCAUCGGUUUUUCUGUACCACGUGGUGGGAGAUCUGACGGUGGGGAAGCCAGAGAUGGUCGAGUUCUACGAGACAGAGACCGUCGAAUCCGCGAUUCGCGCCAUCGGAGAGUCGACGGAGUGUGGGAUCCCCGUUUGGAGGAAGAGAUCCCCGUCCUCGGCUCUUCCUCCAGGGUUGGUGGAGAAUAGUGAGAUGAGGCAGCAGAGGUUUGUUGGGAUACUGAGUUCGUUGGAUAUAGUUGCGUUCUUGGCUAAGAGUGAGUGUCUUGAAGAAGACAAAGCUAUGAAGAUUCCUGUCUCUCAAGUUGUUUCCCCUAAUAAUACUCUCCUCAAACAAGUUGAUCCUGGCACCAGGUUGAUAGAUGCUUUGGAGAUGAUGAAACAAGGAGUGAGACGACUUCUAGUUCCGAAAAGCGUUGUUUGGAGAGGUAUGAGCAAGAGAUUCUCCAUUCUUUACAAUGGAAAAUGGCUGAAGAACAGUGAAAACUCUAGCAGUAGUAGCGGUCUACCCACUGACACCAACAGGCCUGCUACUUCCAAGGCAUCAAGCCGGGACAAGUUUUGCUGUCUCUCAAGGGAAGACGUGAUCCGCUUCCUUAUAGGCGUCCUUGGUGCAUUAGCUCCUUUGCCACUCACAUCAAUCUCUUCUCUUGGAAUCAUCAAUGUCAACUAUAACUUCAUUGAAGCCUCUUUGCCAGCAAUUGAAGCCACCAAAAGGCCACCGUGUGACCCGAGUGCGAUCGCUGUGUUAGAACAAACCGAAAACGAGAAACAGUUCAAGAUAAUAGGAGAAAUCUCAGCUUCAAAGCUCUGGAAAUGUGAUUAUCUUGCUGCAGCUUGGGCUCUAGCUAAUCUAUAUGCAGGACAGUUUGUGAUGGGAGUUGAGGACAACAUGUCAUCAAGAUCAUUCAGCGACUUCCUCCAAACUUCAUUUGUGGGAGGAGGAGACCAGAACGGUACAGCUACAACAAAGGCCAAGAAAUUCAGUAGCAGGAGCAUCGGUUUCAACCCAACAAGCCCGACAAGACUGAGCAUCGGUAGGAGCAUGUACAGGGGAAGAAGUGCGCCAUUAACUUGCAAAACAUCGAGCUCAUUGGCUGCGGUUAUGGCUCAGAUGCUGUCUCAUAGAGCCACACAUGUUUGGGUUACAGAGGCUGAUUCUGAUGAUGAUAUUCUUGUUGGAGUUGUGGGCUAUGGAGAGAUCUUAGCUGCUGUUACUAAACAGCCUUCUGCCUUUGUUCCUUCGAAUCGGUCUUACGAAGGUUUUGGUAAUGAAAAUCAAAGCUAAGACCACAUAAAUUAAAAGGAUUACAACUUAUGUCUGUUAUCCUGAGACAGUUUUUUGGGUGUGUUUGUCAAAUUGUGUACUAUUGAAUUUGGUAGCAUAGCUCGAAUAAGCAAAAAUAAACGAGCUAUAAUUUUUCUCUCUCAUUCAUUACUAUGUAAACUGUGUUGGUGUUUUAGUGUUUACAGCAUAUGUAUAAACAGAUUUGUCUAUUAUAGUAUUAGUAUUGCUG